CAGGAAGUGAAGUGCUCGCGGGGGCGUCCGUGCUCUGUGAUGACAGCAGCACCACUCUUGUUGUGCUAGUUUAGCUUAUGUGGCUAAUGCCUUGCUACGCUCACUUAGUUGUCACACUAGCGAAAGAGUUUAACGCUUUUAAUCGCGCAUGUUAGAGCAAUGUUAGCAACUAUCCUUUAACUUUUUGUAGCUGUUGCUUGUUUCGCAGUGUAGCUUUAGCUCAAACGUAGCUAGUAGGUUUUUUUUUAGCAUUGCUAGCAGGCUAACUGUUAGCCGAAAGAGUCCUGGCUGUAAGUUAACCCGGCGGAUAUUAUACAAAUGUCGCAUUAAAUUAGCGGUGUCGGCGUGGUUAUCUCUCUGGUAGUGGCUGGAUGACUGUCGUGAACGAUGUUGUCAGCUGAGGACGUCCCCACAGAUGAGUGGCCCUGAGACCUGAUUCAUCCGGAUGACUUGGCAAAAUGUCCUGCAAAUCUACUAAAGUGGCACCGAGUGUUGACUUCGACCACAGCUGCUCCGACAGCGUGGAGUAUUUGACUCUCAACUUUGGCCCGUUUGAGACCGUCCAUCGCUGGAGAAGACUCCCUCCGUGUGAUGAGUUUGUUGGUGCCAGGCGCAGCAAGCACACAGUUGUGGCUUACAGGGAUGCUAUUUACGUGUUUGGGGGAGACAAUGGGAAAAACAUGCUGAAUGACUUACUCCGCUUUGAUGUGAAGGACUGCUCAUGGUGUCGAGCUUUCACCACUGGAACGCCGCCUGCUCCCAGAUAUCACCACUCCGCUGUGGUCUACGGCAGCAGCAUGUUUGUUUUUGGGGGCUACACUGGAGACAUCUACUCUAAUUCAAACCUCAAAAACAAAAAUGACCUCUUUGAGUACAAGUUUGCCACGGGACAGUGGACUGAGUGGAAAGUGGAGGGAAGUUUGCCAGUGGCCAGAUCUGCUCACGGGGCAACAGUCUACAAUGACAAACUGUGGAUAUUUGCUGGCUAUGAUGGAAAUGCCAGGCUGAAUGACAUGUGGACCAUCAGCCUGCAGGAUCGAGAACACGCCUGCUGGGAAGAGAUCGAUCAGAGUGGUGAGAUUCCCCCUUCAUGCUGCAACUUCCCCGUGGCCGUAUGCCGGGACAAGAUGUUUGUGUUUUCUGGUCAGAGUGGAGCCAAGAUUACCAAUAACCUCUUUCAGUUUGAGUUCAAAGGCCACAUGUGGACGCGUAUCCCAACCGAACAUUUACUGCGGGGCUCCCCGCCGCCUCCCCAGAGACGCUACGGACACACGAUGGUCGCCUUCGAUCGGCACCUGUAUGUAUUUGGAGGGGCUGCCGACAACACUCUGCCCAAUGAGCUGCACUGUUAUGAUGUGGACUCUCAGACCUGGGAGGUGAUCCAGCCCAGCCUGGAUAGUGAGAUGCCCAGUGGGAGACUCUUCCAUGCUGCCGCUGUGAUUCAAGAUGCCAUGUACAUCUUUGGAGGAACAGUCGACAACAACGUCCGCAGUGGAGAGAUGUACAGAUUCCAGUUCUCAUGCUACCCAAAGUGCACUCUCCACGAGGACUACGGCAAACUGUGGGAGAACCGUCAGUUCUGUGACGUGGAGUUCAUUCUGGGCGAGAGGGAGGAGAGAGUCUGGGGGCAUAUUGCCAUAGUGACUGCAAGAUGUCAGUGGUUGCGGAAGAAAAUCCUGCAGGCUCGGGAUAGGCAGCGACAGAAGACGAAGCAGGAGAGCGGUGAGGAGAGUGAUGAGGGAGCAGCUGGAGGCCCGAGGGAUAUCCCAGCAGGCAAUAGGCCAUCGAGCACACAGCCGCUGCUGGAGGUAUCCAUCAGGGAAGCAGAGGCCCAACCUUUUGAAGUCUUAAUGCAAUUCCUCUACACGGACAAGAUCCAGUACCCUCGCAGAGGUCAUGUCCAGGACGUUCUCCUAAUAAUGGACGUGUACAAACUGGCGCUGAGUUUUAAGCUUUCCCGUCUGGAGCAGCUGUGCGUGCAGUACAUCGAGGCUUCUGUCGACCUGCAGAACGUUCUCAGCGUUUGUGAAAAUGCCAACAAGCUGCAGCUGGACCAGCUCAAGGAACACUGUCUCAAUUUUGUGGUGAAGGAGUCGCACUUUAACCAGGUGAUCAUGACGAAAGAGUUUGAGCGACUUUCCACCCCACUCAUAGUGGAGAUAGUGCGCCGAAAGCAGCAGCCUCCUCCCAGGUUGUACUCGGACCAGCCGGUGGAUAUUGGGACCUCCCUGGUGCAGGACAUGAAGGCGUACCUGGAGGGAGGCGGCCUGGAGUUCUGCGACAUCAUUCUGCUGUUAGACGGUCACCCACGGCCUGCACAUAAAGCCAUACUGGCAGCCCGGUCCAGUUACUUCGAGGCCAUGUUCCGCUCCUUCAUGCCUGAGGACGGUCAGGUGAAUAUUUCCAUCGGUGAGAUGGUCCCAAGUAAACAGGCCUUUGAGUCCAUGCUGCGUUACAUCUACUAUGGCGAUGUCAACAUGCCUCCAGAGGAUUCCCUCUAUCUGUUUGCUGCACCAUAUUACUAUGGGUUUUCCAAUAACAGGCUGCAGGCGUACUGCAAGCAGAAUCUGGAGAUGAAUGUCACUGUGGAGAAUGUCUUGCAGAUCCUGGAGGCUGCAGAUAAGACCCAGGCUCUGGACAUGAAGAAGCACUGCCUACACAUUAUUGUCCACCAGUUCAUCAAGGUAUCCAAGCUCCCCAACCUGCGGUCUCUCAGCCAGCUGCUGUUGUUGGACAUCAUUGAGUCUCUAGCUACGCACAUAUCAGACAAACAGUGUGCUGAGAUGGGCUCCGAUAUUUAGGAAGACUCUUUCCUCCUCUCACAGAAGCCAUAAAUCUGUGCUGCACCUACUUCUAGUCAUUCCCUCUUCUCAAACAUGCAGUAUUUUUUUUGUUGGACCUUGCAUGUCUCCAGCCCCAUACAGUAGAUGCCUUUGAUCCAUGCUGCAUCAACUUGUUUUUCCUCUCUGCAUCUCGGUGAGGAGAGAAAUCAAUGAAGGAACCUGAUCCAACAGUAGCUUAUUAGAAUAGUUAAAUGACGCAUAAAUCCCUUUUUUUUUUUUUUUUAAUUGUUUUGUUGGUCAUUUAUUUAUUUUGUACAGAAAUCUACUUUUUGCAAGGUUUAUCUUCUCAUUAUUUACUUUUGAAUUUUUGUAAUUUACUGUAUGCGUGUGUAGAUUUCAUACAUGUGUGUUUUCAGCUCAGCUCGGAUCUGCUCUCAGUAAUCUCUCAGAAUCACAUAAUCAAAGUGUACCAUUAAACUGAUCAUUUACUCAUCCAAGUCUGUAUUCACCACUUGUAUUAUUCUCAGCUGUGACACAAGGUUAAAUGUCCUGAAUCCAAAGCGUCAUAUGAAAAUAAUAAGAACGUAUGUCUGUGUCUGUGUUGUCAUUGUUAUACUAAUCACCUUAUACCAUUACUAACAGACACUCUCUUUGUCCGUGCAAUUUAGAAAUGUGUUUGUGACAUCAGUAUGCUGUUGUUAAAUAUUUAACCAUGUGGGUUUCACAUAUUUAAAGCCUUAAUAAACCUUCUCCUACAAAUUGA